AUGACAACCCCCUCCUCCACGUCCCUCCCAGAUCCCACACACCGAAAGCGCGAACUACCCCAGAACGAACUCGAAGCGACCUCGCAGCUGAAACUGGGCGAAUUCCAAAACGUGCCGACGCUCUCGUUAUCGGAGGCGCGGUUGGUUAUCAACAAAGUGCUGGAUUUGAGGAGGAAGGGGGAUCAUAAGUUUGAGGAGAGGGAGACCCUAGUGAAAACGCAAGAUUACCUUGAGCUCUUCGCGCGGUUCAAGGAGAAGGAAAACAUCGAGGCUGUCGAACGCCUUCUGUCUGCGCACACUGAACUUGAGUUCUUCGAGCGAUCGCAACUUGGGAGUCUAUGCUGCAAUGAUGCCGAAGAAGCCAAAUCCCUGAUUCCCAGCAUCGGAAACAAAAUCUCCGACACCGAGCUCCAAGAACUCUUGGAUGAAUUGACGAAGCUGAGGAACUUCGUGGAGUGA